GCAGACCGGAAGAAUAUAUAUAUAUUGGUCUAUUAGGAGGCGUUAGCAUUUGCGUUGACUCAUAUCUUUCUUUUCUUUUUGGAUGUUGCAUUGCCCUCUCUGAAUCGUCAUUGCUAAUGCUACGCCCAACUCGACCACUCCGGCGCUCUGCUGACUUGUCGCGACGUUCCAGUCAGGGCUCGCAGGUGGCAUCGAACACCGCCGUGCCACCCGCUUCAGACACGCGUGACAACGCAAAUUCUGCGUUUUCAGCCGCUGACGGAAAGCCUGUCUAUCAGAGUACGACUACCCUUCCUUUUCUGCGCCCUUGUUUGACAACUCCACUUAAAAACCGAACUUUUGGCGCCGCUGAGCCGCCAGGGAAACGUGCUUCCCGGUGUGUCACCACAGCAGAGCUUGCCGAUGCGCCGUCCUGCACUGGCACCCGUGAGUCCGGGCUUAUGCGUCAUGACGAUGGCGCCGCUGUGUGCUUCGCUGCCACACCGCCGUCAGCUCCCGAGCCUCUCGCCGCGCAAAUGAGCGGUGCAGAUGGUUCAGUUCUUCACCAACGCGGCCUUCUACCAGCUGCGACGCAACGCCUCUUCACCUCCGACGAGAUUGCGCAGCUGCGUGUGGAGGCGCGGCUCGAGUACAGUCGAGGAAGACGGCUGCAAGAGCGCAAAGACGUUAUACACGAAGAAGGGCAGGAGCGCCGCCUGUUAAUCGAGGAUGCCAUGAGCCAGGCGCAAGCACUCCGCGACUGGGAAAAGGAGCGCUUUGCGGCCCUGCUGCGGGCAAAAUCUGCGGAGGCACUCCCGCUUCAAUUGUUGGAGCUGCGCAUUCAGGCGCGCCUCACGCACGACUACGCACGUGAGGACGCUGAGCAGAGGCGAGAAGGCCGAGCGGCGUGGAUAGAUCAGGUGGCAGAGAUGAAAGCGACAGUCACCAAGACGGAGACAAGUGCCGUCGAUCGACGGGCAGCCUCGCACCGGUUCCGCGCCGCCGUCACCUUUGUCGUGGUGCAAGAGCACAACAUCAGGACCUCUUUGGAGGAGGAGGCGGCGCGUCACUGGACGGCCUUCUUUCAAGCCGAGGAGACUAGCAAGGCUGAGGCGGCGCAGCGUGCGUUGGUGCGGUUCCUCAACACCCCAGAGCAGCUCGCCAUCACCGCUGCGCGUGAGCAGCGAGAGCGUCGGCAGGCAAAAAUCUUCGCGAAACAGCGCAAGCUGUUCGAGGAGCAACAGGAGAAGUUUACGAAAGGUUGUCACCAUGCGACCGGUGGGGUGUCCGUCUUUGAAGGUGACCCGCCUAAAAAGAUCUGCGGUCGAUGCCGCGUGAAGUGGGACGAGAAGUUGGGCUACUUAGUGCCCCUUGACCGCACUACUAAAUCCCACCCCCCUCCUCUUCCUCUGCCAUCCGCCUCUGUCACCGACGCAAAGCAGCACGCGCAUGCAGGCGCCGUAGCAACAGGAAGCAAAGGUUUUGCAGCGGUGAACAAAGCAAAGAGGUGA